AUUUUACCGCCAGAGUGCACAAAGAACGAAGCAGUAAUCGUGUUGCUGUUUUCCAGAUUUUUUUGUUAUAAGAGAUGAAGUUUAGCGGAUUAGCCGUUGUCCUUUCAUUCUUUACAAGUUCCGUGGUCGAUAGUGAGAAACUAGAAGAAAUUUGUGCACUCGACCAGUCGAGAAUCGAGUGCGGCAACGCAAUCAUCCUUAUCGAACGAGCGCAAAUCGGCAUAAUUCGAUCGGGAAAAUGCAAAACUGAAAGGCACGACGUUAACUGCAUCAGAAACAUUACGGAUAGUCUUCAAAGCCGUUGUUCCGGUAGAAAACAUUGCAGAGAUCAGAUCGAUAUGACUGAGUUGGUAGGGCGCGGUUUGCCCCGAAAUUGUGUUACGGAUCCUAAAAUUAAGAGGGAAAUGGUGCUAAGUGUUCGCUACCGAUGCUUGCCGGUCGAAGCGGAUUGCAACUCCUAUUUGCCUUAUAAGGAUUUAUAUUUCGAAAAAGGCGAAAGUAGGACUAUUUCUUCCCUCAACUCCAAAUGCAAAUGGCGUUUACAUUCUAGCAGCGAUCGUGGUAUAUUAGUAACCAUACGAGCUUUUCCCAGAGAAGUUGGAGGAAAGGUUGGCUGUGGUACAGUAAAGGCCGAAGAAGCUGACUGGUUGGUAGAAGCUUGUGAAGAGAAAUCUAAACUUUUCUUCGAUCAACAACUAACGCUCUCCAUUUCCGAUCCGAAUAAACGGGCUUUCAUACUUUUUAUUAACGAUUCGUGCCCUAAGCCGGUGGCGCCGAAGAACGGGUGGAUUAUACACGAGAAGCAGAGACCGGAUGUUGUUUGGUACAGAUGUAACUCAUCCAGCACAAUAUCUUGGAGAAUGGACUGCAAAGACGGUAAAUGGAUUAAUCCGGAUGGUAAAAGGGUCGAAUGCCCAAAAAAUGAACAUUCCGCAGAAGAUUUAACGGACGAAGAUAUUUGGUCAUAUCUACCUCAUGGCAUUUGGAUAGCCAUCAUACUAGGCUCUGCACUUAUCAUAUCUGUCACCAUCUUAACAGUUGGACUAGUCAUGCUCAGAAGACAAAGAGAGAAGGCGGAAUUAUUGAGGAGACAAUUACAAAUGAGAGAUUUACCGUCCCUCCCUCCACCUGGGCACGUUCACAAAGCCUUAGGUGUUCACACCCUAUCAAAACAUAAACAUAGGAGAGAGGAUGCUGAAGCAACUCAGCCUCUUUACACACAUCCUCCCCAGCAAAUGGUACUACGGAAAUUACCAACGCCACCUACAACUAAUCAACGUCGGCAGCUGCUCUCCCAAUACAAUAGAGAUAAAUCGGCUAACGAUAACACCUGCUACUUUGAAUUAGAACCAAAACAAGUGCGAACCUUGCCUCUAAAACAUUCAAAGAAAACUGAGGUGGUCAGGGAUAUACAAGAGGCGGAAGACGUGGAUACAGAUUACGAGCAAUCGACUUGCUCUUCGCUAGAAAUAUGCGGUUGUGACAGGGGUCAAUGGGGAACUGACUGCUGUAUGCAGAGAGACAAAAACUUUGCUUUAGAGAAGCAUAUGCGAUCAGCUAGGGAAAACAAAUACAGUGAAUAGUGUAUAGAAUUUAUACAUAUAAACACUGUAUGCUUAUACAUAUAUACAUGUAUAUACUGUAUGUACAUAUAUAUAUAUAUAUAUACUAUUAAUUACGAACAUUUGUAAUUAUGGAUUGACUGAUAAUUUAGUAAUUUUGCAUAAUGUACUCUAUUGUACAUAAAUAAUCAUAUCACGACUCAAUUUGCUCAUUUUUACGCCUUUCAUCAUUCAUCUAUCAUAUGGUUCAUACAUUCAUAUCACUGUUGGAUAAUUGUAAAAAUAAUAUGCUCUGUACAAAAAAAACAAAUAUAUAUAUAUAUAUGUAUAUAUUUAUAUAUAUAUAUAUAUAUAUAUAUAUAUACAGUAUAUAGAUAAAUAUGAUAUAUACAGUAGAUACUGUAUAUACUGUAUAUAUUUAUACUGUAUAUAGUGAAACAUUCCCUCGAUAUAGAUUAAAUUCAUCGAAUCUAUUUAAAGCCUUAAAUUCGUUAAAUGCUUACUAUAUAUCUUUGGCUAAGAUUAUAGAGAGAAGGAAGAAAAGUUUGUCACCUGUAAUUAGAUUUUUCUAUAAACUUUGUUCUAUAAUUUAUUAUAUAAUUACUUGUUAAUGUUGAAAAUUAAUGAGAUAAAAAGAAACGUUUUUAUAAAGGAUAUGUAUUGUUGUAGACCUAAAUAAUUAAAUAGUUGGUAGCUGUUUUAGAAAAUGAAAAAAAUGAGUCACUUAAAAAAAGUCCUCUUCCUUUUUCCCUGUUUCUUUUAUACUUCUUUCUUUCUUUCUCUCUCUCCCUCUCUCUCUCUCCCCCCCCUCUCUCUCUCUCUCUUCUUUUCUUUUCUUUUUUUUCCCACUCAGAUCGACUCGCCAUAUUCUUUUUUUGCUCUUGUGCCAAAUUGUUGAAUAGGAAAGUCUAUUUAUUUGUAAAUAAAUUAAAGGGGAAGUUUGCACGAAAAUUCAAGAUCAAUUAGGUGUUUAAAGACUCAUUAGUUUUUUCGGCUUAAUUUCUUUUUGUUAGCAACUGUAAUAAUCCAAUAAAAUACUUAUUUUUCAA